CGCGCCGCGCCCGGGGUUUCUCCGGUUCUAGGGUUUUAGAAGGACCCCUCGGCACCCGGUUCGCGCCACCGGCAAUGUCGUCCACGCGCCUCUCCCUGGAGGCCCUGUCGGCGUCCGGCCGGAGCUCCGAGAAGCUGAGCCUGCCGUCGCUCCAGUCGAAGAUGAAGUGCGACCCCGAAGGCUACGAGACGGAGCUCGGUCUCGUCCACAGCCAGUUCAGCUCUUCGCUCGAGCUCUUCGAGCAACAAGCCGCUCUUAGCUUCGCCUCCAUCAGCGGCGUCGCCGCCGACCCCACCGUCGCUAAGGACCUCGGCGACCGCGCCGCGUUCUUGGCUCACGUGGCUCCGUUUUACCCCAAGCAGCUGGCCGAGUUCCCGAGUCGACUCGCCGAGUUCCUCCGCUCUUCUGCGAGGUCGUUGCCCUCCGGUCUUAGAUGCACGGUGACUCAGGCGCUUAUCUUACUCGUCAAUCGGAAGAUGGUCGAUAUACGAGACACUCUGGCUUUGUUCAUGGAGCUACAGACUCUGGGGGAUAGAGCCUUGAGGAAAUUGGCAUUCUCACAUGUGGUUCACAGCAUUAGGAAGAUGAAUCAGAAACACAAGAAUGAAGCUACUAAUCGAUCCCUUCAAAAUGUUUUGUUUUCGUUGUUACAGCAAGAGGAGGAAACAAAAGCUAAGCAAUCACUCAUUAUGCUCUGUGAGCUUCACAGAAGAAAGGUGUGGUUUGACGAUAGAACAGCUAAUGCCAUAUGCACAGCAUGCUUUCAUCCAGCAUCAAGGAUCAUGAUAGCCGCUCUAUCAUUUCUUCUCGAUUAUGAGAAGAUUGAAGAUGAUUCAGAUAGUGAUGCUUCAAGCAGUGAUGAUGAAUUAUCUCGUCAAAGUCCUCAUGUCAUCCUUAGUAAGGGAGCUGUCUAUAAGGCACACCAUCAAGGUACUUCUGCUAGCAAGAAGAAAAAGAAGGCAAAGCUGCAGAGAGCUAUUCGAAGCAUGAAAAAGCAGCAACGAUUGUCUUCAGAUAAUAGCUCCUCAAAUUAUUAUUCACCUCUUAAUCAUCUGAAAGAUGCUCAGGGGUUCGCUGAAAAGUUAUUCUCACGCCUUCAGACUUGCAAUGAACGCUUUGAGGUUAAGAUGAUGAUGUUGAAAGUAGUUGCACGAACUGUGGGCCUUCACCACUUGAUUUUGUUAAAUUUUUAUCCAUUUAUCCAAAAGUAUGUUCAGCCUCACCAGCGUGAUGUCACAACCUUGCUAGCAGCAGCAGUUCAGGCCUGUCAUGAUAUGGUGCCUCCUGAUGCAGUUGAACCCCUAUUUAAGCAAAUAGUAAACCAAUUUGUACAUGAUCGAUCACGUCCUGAGGCUAUUGCGGUUGGAAUUAAUGUAGUAAGGGAGAUAUGUCUACGCAUGCCCCUGUUGAUGAAUGAAGACUUGUUGCAAGAUCUCGUCUUAUAUAAAAAAUCACAUGAGAAGGCGGUAUCAGCAGCUGCUAGGUCUCUUAUCUCUUUAUUUAGAGAGCUUUGUCCCUCAAUGCUGGUAAAGAAAGACCGAGGACGCCCUAGUGACCCAACGGCACGACCAAUGGCAUAUGGUGAAAUCAGUGUUGCCAGUGCUGUUCCUGGUGUUGAACUGCUACAAAAUGACGAUGAUGAUGAGGAUGAUGACAACAUUGGUAGUGAUGAGGACAUUGACAACGAAGAUAGUGAUGAUGGAGGUAGCAUUGGCAUUGACAAUGACAAUUCUGUAUCCAUUGGGUCAGAGAAUGCUACAAGUGAUGAUGAAGAAACCCACGCUUCCACUGAUGAUAAUGAAUGUGAUGAUGAAUCUUUGGAUGGUGACAGUGUUCUUGGAGAAGACAGCUCUUCUGGUGAAGAUUUCGAUGAAGUAAGCGGUGAUGAGGUAGAUGAAGAUGAGGAUGCAAAGGCAGAUUGUGGUGAUGAUAAUGUGGAGGUGCAUGAUGAAGUUAAUACCAUCUCUGAAACUAAUAGUGAUGAGGGAAAAACUGGAUCCAGAGUUAAAAUCUCUGCGACAAGGAAGAGGAAAUUCACUGAUCUUGAUGGACAGAUUAAUGCCGCUGAAACAAGUCUUAGGGCUUUAAAGAAAUUGGCUGAAACAAAAUUGAGUCAGCCUCCAUCUGAUUCAGCUGAUGGCAUUCUUUCUAACGAGGAUUUCCAUCGUAUCAAGCAACUAAAGGCCAAGAAAGAAGCAAAAGUUGCUUUGACCAAGCAUGGGUUGUUGGGAAAGGGUGGGGAAAAGAAGUCAGCUUUUAAGGUUCCCAGUUCUGAUCAGCUAGGCAUCAAGCGCGUGGAUCCUGCAAAACUUGAGGCUCAUGUGAAACAAAAGCUAAGUAAAGAGGAAAGAUUAGCGCUCGUGAAGGCUGGAAGGGAGGAAAGGGGAAAGUACCAAGCUCGAGCUGCCAUAAAGCAGAAGAAGACGGGUGGUUCGAGCAACAAGCAGAAGGAACACAGAAAGGUUAUGCCUAUGGCUGCUAAGAGAGCGAAAGUACAGAGAUCUCGCCAGGACAAAAAGAGGAAACAAGGGCGAUUUGGUAAACAGUUCCGCGGGAAGAAAGCGUGGAAAUAAUUUUGUGAAUCGAGACAGCAACGCGAGUGGAGCUUAGGAUGUUAGCGCAUUACGGUAUUAUAUUCUCAUGGAGAGCUGUAUAACUUCCCUUCACG